AUGCCUGUUGGGCAGUUUAUGGCUAAUGGCCUAGGCACUGAUCAACCCUUGACGCCAGAUGAUCCUACAAUUGGCUACACGUUGUUCCACGUCAUGUUGCGCAUCCGAGAUCCAGUGAAAUCUCUACACUUCUAUAUCGACCUGAUGGGCAUGCGAACUGUUUUCACCAUGAAUACUGGCCCCUUUACAAUUUAUUAUCUUGGUUACCCUCAAACAGAAGAGCAUCGCGCAGAUCCGGCCAAAUUUGGCCGUGAUACUCUAUCUCAGCUAGCCUAUACCCCAGGACUUAUUGAACUAUACCACGUGCACGGGUCAGAAAAUGAGCCCGAGGGCUACUACAGUACUGGAAAUGAACCGCCUAAUCUGGGCCUCGGACAUAUCGGGUUCUCCGUGCCUGAUGUUCCCCGCGCUGUUGAACGCUUGAGAAAUCACGGUGUCGUGGUAAUCAAAGAUUUGGGCGCCGCCACGCGACAAGAUGUUCCACUAAGCCAAUGGGAGGCGGAAAAGAAAAUCGGACUAGGCAAUCUUCAUCCUGCUUACCAGCUUGUAUUUGAACAGAUUGCAUUCGUGAAAGAUCCAGAUGGAUAUACUGUAGAGUUGGUUCCUCAGAAGCUUCAAGCUCAAUGA